GCGCCAUCACGCGAUACGUGUACAAAAUGAAUAGGCAGUGCAUUAUCAUUAGAAAAUGUAAACAUCAGUGGAAGUCGAUUAUUGGUUUUUUUUGGUCAAGAACUUAAGUACAGUGUGUCUGCAGAGAUCAACAAAGGGCGACAGACUGUCAAGCUGUUUGUGUGUACCAGAUGUGCGUUCCCACAUUAAGAAGAAGCAAGAACCUUCUCUCAGAUCAGACUGAUCUCGUCAGGUCAGUACGAAACGACGACGAGCUACGUCCUAGUUUGAAAAGGUACAGUGAUCAAGUUGAGUCUCAUCAAAAGCAGUUGGGUAAAUGUCUCAAGUGUCUGCUGGACUGAAGAAACCUGAUCAUUGAGUGGCUGCAGUCUGUGGUACAUGUCCAUGUAAGGGUCCACCCCUUCCAGUGAACUUUGACCUCUGGUGUGGAGCCAUUGAAGCAUCCCGUUGGCUGAUUUCUCUCACACUUUGAGUUGUUCAUAUUGAGUCAUAAUCAAUGUACAAACUGAUAUGAUACUUUGAACUGUGACCUUUGACCUGGCAUCAUGGAGACAGUAUUGGACUACUGCCUGUCAUAUUGUUGCAUGUGCUGCAGUUGCUAUGCCCCUCGUACACUUGACGACGACCUGUACGAACCACUUCUUUUGGAUGAGGAGCGAGCCGCUGUGAAUGAACUGCUGAACUACUUAAACCGAGAAUACGAGGAGAAGCCAACGUUAUCGGAGGAGAGGCUACGAGCCAUUAACAUCCUGACCUACUCCCGCAAUGAUGACCUCCAGAGGUCUGCUGCCCUCUGUCUGGCAGAGAUCAGUGAGAGAUUGCUCCACCCCAUUAACAACAAGGUGAUGGAACCGUUGCUUACCCUGAUGGAAUCCCGAGACAUUGAGACACAGAAAGCUGCCUCCUUAGCCCUCAGCAAUCUGGCACUGCAUGGCCAUGAUGUCAACAAGGAGGUGAUUAUGAGAAGUGGAGCCCUACAGCUGUUGAUCAAGUUACUGCGAUCCCCCAACGAGGAAAUCCAAUGCAAUGUAUGCGGCUGCAUCACCACACUGGCAACGACAGAUGCUAAUAAGAAAGAGAUUGUAUCCUGUGGGGGUGUUCCACCACUGAUCAACUUGGCACGAUCACCAGACAUGAGAGUAAAGAGAAAUGCAACAGGUGCAUUACUUAAUCUCACGCACAUCGAUUCCACGAGGACUGUUUUGGUAUCCCAUGGUGCCGUGCCACUCUUUGUAGCAUCCCUGCAUUCAGAUGACUCAGAGAUCCAGUACUACUGCGCUGCAGCGCUCAGCAACCUGGCUGUGGAUGCUACACAUCGCGCAUCAGUGGUCCAAGCUGGCAACAACAAGGUCCUGAGGCAGCUUAUCAGGCUGUUGGAAUCGCCGUCAGAAAAGGUCAAGUGCCAAGCAUGCUUUGCUCUGAGGAAUCUGGCUUCAGACGAAGACAACCAGGUAACAAUUGUGGAGUUUGGUGCCCUGCCUCCGCUGCACCGUAUCAUGGAGACGUGCACCAAGGAUACAGUUGCUGCGGCGGUGGCGGCAUUACGCAAUCUUUCCAUACACAGAAGGAAUGAGAUGCCAAUCGUCAGGGAAAGUUUUCUACUUGAGCUGGGGAACCUACUUAGGGAACCCAUGUCUUGGGAUGCUCAUUGCCAUGCUGCCGGCACAAUACGAAACUUGGCUGCAGGGGACCAGUUAAGGGCUAUUGUGGAGAAGGGGACAUUAGACAGCUUGAUUGUGGCAUUCAUGCGGUCAACAUCACCACUAGCGGUCCAGUCUGAAUUGACCGCUGCCCUGGCAGUUCUGUCUGCAGAUGAGCAAGCCAAAGCUAUCCUUGUGAAUGCCCAAGAUUGGAAGGUGUUCAGUAAACUGAUCAGUCUAGCGGCUAACUCACACCAUGCCGAUGUACAGUACAACAGCGCUGGCACCAUUGAUCUGAAGCCUGAGCUGAUCACAGCCAAUAUCUUAGGUCUUCUGAGAUACAUUGAGCGUUUUGUCAAGCACCCUGACCCUAGCUUCAUUCACAUCGGUCUCUGGACCAGCCUGCAGCUUCUUAAAGACGCCACAUUCCGCACCGCCUUCGGGGAGAGUGCAAUCCCACGAUUCCUUGAGGGCAUGCAGCAGCGACCGUCUCUUCCACUUCAGAUACAGCAAUUGGCUCAGACCGUGUUGGACAACAUGGGCUGAUAGAGUUCGCUAGACCUGUGAGAUGUCAACUGAGAGGGUGUCAGACGUCAGAUGCUAGGGAUGAUAGAGGGUGACAGUCACUGAGCAAUACAGAGUGGAUGAUGUUAGGCCAACCAGACUGAAUUAGAGACUAACCUUAUCAGCUUUAUCCCCUUUACACAAUGCAUGUCUGUUGUGAUGUGCAAACAUCACUAGACCACUCUGCAUGAUGUCACCAUAACUACCACUAAAGUUAGUCUCCACUGCAGCCACAUAAGACUCCACCAGCACCAUACAUACUUCUGCCCCAAUUGUGAUCUUCCCAGCAUGCAUUACGCAAAACUAAUUUAUUUUCAACUUGGUUAUUGAGAAUGUGUGUUUAAAUUCUGUUAUCACGUGUAGUAUGCCUACAGUUAGUUAGAAGGACACAUAGGCGAAAAAGAAAUAGCUUUGUGUGUUGGUGUCCAAGCAUUAUGUCUUUACAUCAGGUUUACUGUCAUUGAAGAGUGUGCCGUUGAUUUCUUGCAGAUAUUAAAAGGGGACUCAGUACUAUGCCUUGGGAAAAUGCUAUGAGGGAUUUAUGUUAUUAAGCUAGAUUGCCAAGGACAAGCAGUGAUACUAGAGCCAGUAACUUCCUGACCCAAAUAUGUCAAUGAUAUAUGCUGAACAUUCCGAGUUCUAAUUCACCAGAAUUCUGCCACUCAGAAUAACAAGGGUAAAUAUCAAUAGUACUUUCUCACUCCUUGACUUUGUCUCUGCCUUAGGUUAUGUAGAAGGCUCCAGAACCAUCUGUACGCCUGUCAUGUGUCAACUAAACUAAAACAUCUCCGUCUUGUCUGAUAACAUACAGUUUCCGAGUUGGGGACUUUGAGUUGAUCCUGACAGUGAGGAGAGCUGAGUUUGAGGAAGGCUUCUUAGAUCCCGUUUACUUGAUGUUGGUUCCAAUUCACAGUGUAGCUAUGAGUGAUUAACCCCAGCAGUCCCCAAUCCUACAGAAAGUUGAAGAGUGGAGGACUGUUAGGAUAUUAUUAUGAAUCAGGGAUGUUGUGCUUUGGCCAAACAGAAUAAUCAACGUGAUACUGCACAGCUGGUCAGUAGUUGUUCCUGCAUGUGAUGGACAAAGACUGGGUCUCGUUCUUCCAAAGCAGUCUCUUUCAAGAUGGCGAGUUUGUUCUGUCCGCCUGUUUACAGUCUUUGCAGAAGGUAUUGGCUCUGUGGUAUCAUGAAGAUUUUUUGUGAAGGCCUGCAUAAAACUGUGUGUGCUUUAGUGUUGCCUGGUAGUUAUGACAGAAGUGUGACCUCUAUAUGUUGGUUUUUCUUUUAGCUGGUGCUGUUUUGAUAAAUUUGAAGUGAUUUUUGUUCGUGCACGUUUGGUGUGAGUGUACUUAAUACAUUCCUUUAGCAAGGUACAUCAGCGAGAGGUGAAAACAUUUGAACUUGACUUCAGUCAUCGUUAAACAUGUGAAAUUUUAAGUAUGGCAGGUUAAUUUUUUAAGAUAAUGUUGUGUUCCCCAUUCACCAUAAAGUUUUAUCUUCUGCUUGAAGUGAGUCUACACAGAUGCACUAUAUUUAUGCCUGACAUUAUUCUUAUCAAUUUUAAUAAGUAGUGAUUUGUCUAGAUGUACCCAAGUAGGCGUUUGCAUUUUAUGGCAAGAGCUCUUUGUCCCGUCACCAUCUACUUGGCCACUAAACAGAAAUUCCACCUUGUUCCGUAUUUUAAUUGAACUUUGCUGAAGAAAAGUUGUUUAUAAAAUGUCAGAAUUGUGCUGAUGGCUGGCUAUUCUUUCCCAUCUUGAUAUCCAGUGGACAUGAUAACACAUUGUGUGUUGAUUACUGCUACAGGAUGGUCAGUUUGUUCCCAUUACUGGACCUCAACAAUGCACAAUUCGUCGUGUGCCCGGCAAAAGGUUGUAAGCGCGCUUACGCCCUUCUUCCGGGAAGCAUGAUCACAGCAGAAAAAAUUUCCCCCGCAAAAGGGCAUAAGAAACACAUUCUCUCUAUUUAGUAAAAAUGGAUAAAAAUUACCAAAAAAUCAACACGAGCUGUACAAAAAGCAACCUUUGAACAACUUAAUUCAAUGACUUUGGAAAUUAAUUUACUAACUUUUUGCAAAGAAAUCUUCAUAUUUCAUCAAAAUAAAACAGUUGCAUACUUGCGUCCUUUUGCCAGGAAAAUGUUUUGCAGUGAUCAUGCUUCCUAGCAAAAGGGCAUAAGUGCUUACGUCCCUCUUCCAAGCACAUAACGAAUUGGUACUUUCGUAUUUUCUGCCAUUCACUUACAUUCUUCAGGGCUCAGUUAUUGUAAUCCAACAGGAAAUCUUACUAGUCACUAUACAUUUUUGCUUGGUAGAAUUUUUAUUAACUUUUUAGCUUGGGUAAGUUAAUUGUCAAAUGUUUCAGACGUUUUUUUGUAAAAUAUGUCGGGAUAUUUAUCUUUUUAAAGAUAUUUUGGGGUAUUUAAUUUAAAAUUCCUUACUUUCUUUUAUAGUGUGUCAGUCCUAGCCAAAAACAAACUUGCAGGUGUUGUUUUAGACACUUAAAACAGGAUAAGUCUGACUGUUCUUGGAAAUAUGACUUGGCGUAAGAACUAUUGUAUGGCAAAAGAGUAAUAGGAGGGCGUAGUUAUUUCUUCAAGGGAUAUGGUGUAGGAUAUUUAUGUGAACAACUUGGAAAGUUUGAAAUUGAAGUCAUUGCAUGGAAACUACAGUGGCUGAUCUUAAUCUUAUUUUCAUGUAAAAUUGGGAAGAGGUUUAGGCGAGUGCCAUACUGGUCCAAGAUUAAACUACACUAGGUCAUUCACCUCUGACACUAAUAAGUGCAGCCCCUGUCAUCUGCCGAGAUAAAGGUUUAAUAAUAACUUUCAUACUACCACUGAAGAGUCUCAAUGUGAUCUUCCAAUACGGUUUGGCACCCAGUUUAAGCAAACUGGUAGUAACAUCUUUGCAGAUUGAUAUUGUAUGAUGUGCAAUCACUUUUUCUUGUCAUUUUUUGGUUGUGAGGUGUAGGACGGUGUGUCCAUUUGAAUGAGUGGAAAGGUUUAUCCAGUGUGAAGAAAAUCUGAAGCUGCAUGCUGCUAAUUCGUUUAGGGAACCAGUCAGAAAAGUACAUUGGGUUGGUUACCUGUUUUUAGCAAGCAUUUUAUGUGCUAAGCAAACUUGUUCCUUGGACUUUGUGGGUCUUUGAACGGAGACAGUACUGCACAGGGCCAGACAUGAGCAAUAUUGAGACAAACUUGGGAAAACAACUUCAAACAUUUUGAAACUUUUUAGCCUACUGACUCCAUUAAUGACUAGUUAGCCAGUAUUAGAAAAUGGAAAGUUGUGAACUUUAAACAAAUCCCAGUUAAAAUAAAAAUAGGAAUGUUGCAGAGUGUGAAUUUUAGAUUUUUGUUGACACUGUGACAUAGUGAGCAUACUGUCCCUUGUGUAAACUACUUUAACAUUUUAUAAUUUUCCAACUGCAAGUUAAUUUUCCAACUGCAAGUUAAUCCCAUAACUGCAAGUUAAUCCCAAUGAUCGUAGCUCUGUUGUCUUUCAGUAUUUCAAUAUUACCAAGUUCAAUACCAUACAGUAUUCAAGUACUACAUUAGACAUCAUGAAACUAUGUGUAUGUUGUAAAUUGUUGGUGCAAGAUUGCAAGAUUGAUUUUUGUUCCGUUGAAAUAUUAGCUUUCACCUUUCUGUGGUUCAUUGUAACCCAUGGCAAACUAUCUGGGUUGUAGAUUAUAGGGAAAAGUCAUUUUCCAUUUAAGACCUUAGGAAUUUGGUGUCCUCAUCACUGGUCCCUAGCUGGAGGUAUCCUCAAAGCUGAUGUCAUUGCCAAAGGGUCUCAGGGGACCACAAAAACACAAUGGGUGUCCAACAGUCUGUUGCCACUGAUAUUUUACACCUUUUCAAGUUAAACAUAACCUUUCUAAAAUUAUGUGAUUCAACCCCUAUCUAAAAUUAUGUGAUUCAACCCCUUACUUAAUUCUGUCAUUACAGCAUGCUAUUUAGUUGACUUUAUUUGUAAUUAUAAGUCAAUAUGGAUAAAAAGUGUGAAAACAAAACUCAGCUUGAAAGAGUUUCAGCAAUUGUAUAACUUUACCUGAGGCUGAGCAGCUCAGUGAAACAGGAAUAGGUAAUUUUGCCGUAUUUAGAGUUCAGUAUUGACAAUAAUGGCCCCCUUUUAAUAAUUUCAAUGCAAGUUUAACAAUGUUUUAGUGAAGAAAUUUUCUGCUCAUACCAUGCCUGUGUAUAGUAACUAUGACAUGUAUUGUGAAUCACAAUGUCCCUGUCUUAAGUACAUAAGCUCAUAAAGUGUAGAUUUUAAUUACAUUUUGACCAA